AUGACACAAAUUACGGAAAUCGCUGGACCCCAACCUCUGCAGAGAAAUGUCGAGGAAAAGCUGGCGGAACUGGAUUCUGUUCCGCUCUUUAUGAAAAGUUUACCUGAAGACACGGACGAUGUAGCGAUCGCGGCACUUCAAGAGCUAGCUUACGAUGGGACCCCGGAUGAGCAAGCACAGAACUUUAAGGAACAGGGAAAUGAGUACUUUAAGGGCAAACGGUAUCGCGAAGCACUCGGAUUUUAUAGUCAAGGGGUCGAUGCAAAGCCGACAGACGCUGUCCUUCAGGAAGCAUUACUUUGCAAUCGUGCGGCUUGUAAUUUAGAACUUCAGAACUAUGGCACCGUGCUAAAAGACUGCUCCAAAGCUCUAACCCUUAAUGCCAAGUCUUCCAAGGCAUACUAUCGUUCGGCGAUGGCUCUGGUGUCUCUGGAACGCGUAGACGAUGCAAUAGACUGCUGCGUGCGGUGCCUGGACUAUGACGCAGAUAACAAAGCUGUUCGCGGAGUUCUGGAACGAGCGACCAAGAUCAAAGCGGAGAAGGAGAAGAAGGGGAAAGAGCGCCAGGAAAGGUUGCGAAAGGAACAGGAAGCCCAACGCAAGAUUAACUCCGCGUUCAAAGAACGGAAUAUUGUGGUGGUGCCUAAACCCGACAGUUCACAAAAUCCGUAUGCGCCGCACUUUGACCCAGAAGACCCAACGGGGAGGGCGCUCAUUAUCCCUGUUUUUUUCCUCUAUCCCCAGUAUGCAACUUCAGAUGUCAUACCUGAAUUUGUGGAGGAUACGCCGUUUGCGGAGCAUCUGAAGGCUAUGUUCCCGCCCCAAGCGGCCUCUCCAGAAUGGGACACAAAGGGAGAGUAUGUAGAUGGACAGAUAGUGAUCUACGCAAUGACAAGGCGGAAGCGGUUACUCAAGGUUGGGAAAAAGAUGUCGCUGAAAGACGUUUGCCGGGCCGCAAAGGCAAAAGAGGGCGAGCCGAUAGACGGGCUGGAGCUGAAGGAUGGAUGUUUGACAUUCGUUCUACUACCGAAGGGUGAUGUUGAAAAACAUUGGAUGUCCGUUACCACCAAAAUUCUCCGCACCGCCAACGCGCCUAGCACACCUCCCGAUGAGACGGAAACUAGUGUCGCCCAAGCUCUGCUCGACCUCGAAAACAACGUCCCGGAGCUCAAGGCUGAAUUGAGGCCUCUUCAAAUCUCCGCCGCCCGUGAAGUUGAUGUUAGGGGAGGCAAGAAGGCUAUCGUUAUCUUCGUCCCUGUGCCCCAGUUGAAGGCGUUCCACAAGGUGCAGCAGAGGCUCACCCGGGAGUUGGAGAAGAAAUUUUCUGACCGCCAUGUUGUAUUCGUCGCGCAGCGCCGGAUGUUGCGCAAGCCCACCCGCACAUCUCGCGUCAAGCAAAAGCGCCCCCGCAGCCGCACUUUGACCAACGUCCACGAAAGGAUACUCGAGGACCUGGUUUUCCCUACGGAGAUUGUGGGCAAGCGGACCCGCGUUGCCGUGGACGGCUCAAAACUUUUGAAAGUCUUCCUUGACUCCAAGGAUGCCAAUGUCUUGGAAUACAAGCUUGACUCGUUCUCAUCGGUGUACCGCCGUUUGACUGGCAAGGAUGUUGUCUUUGAGUUCCCUGUAGUGGCACAAGAGUAG